CAUUCACGCUUACCGUGCGUUCACAGGGAUUACGGAAACGGAGGGACAGUCUGUGUGUGCGAUGAAAGCCAUUGCGACGACUUGGAGGCCAUUCACAAGACUGACAAACAGGUGGUCACUGUUUACGAGUCCUCCAGAAGUGGCCAUCGAUUGGACAAAUCUGUACUCAAUUUCGGUCAAAACUCUGUCCAAAAAGCAAAUAAAUCGGUGACAAUAAAUGUGGACAAAACUCAACCCUUAUAUCAGGCAAUCAUAGGGUUUGGGGGCGCCUUCACAGACGCCGCCGGUAUUAACAUUAAAAGUUUGCCACAAAUACUGCAAAAGCGGUUAAUUGAGGACUAUUUCGGGGAAACUGGUAUUGAGUAUACAUUGGGUCGGAUACCGAUCGGGGGCUCAGACUUCUCCAUACAUGCCUAUAGUUAUGACGAUAACUAUAAAAAUGAUUUUGAAUUAAAACAUUUCAAUUUAACGAAAGAGGAUUUCAAUGAUAAGAUACCACUAAUUAAAGCGGCUAAACAAGUGAGCAAGCACGAUUUGCGACUGUUUGGAAGCCCGUGGUCACCACCUGCUUGGAUGAAAAACAACUCAGAAUUAAACCAUGGUGGUUUUCUUAUUGAUAAGCCCGGUGGGAAAUAUUACAAAGCAUUUGCUAAUUAUUUAGUCAAAUUUUUGGACGCAUACAAAGCUCAGGGCCUACCCAUAUGGGGCAUAACUAUUGAAAAUGAGCCAGCUAGUACCUUUAUAAUAGGCAAUCUCCACCCUUGGAAUAGUCUAUCUUUCACACCCGAACUGCAACGGGAUUUCCUGAAACUAGAUUUGGGUCCCAUUAUGUCUGCCGCCGGUUAUGGGCCUAACGUUACCCGAGUUAUGAUUUGCGACGAUCAGAGACCGUUCAUCAGUCAAUGGGCACAAGUCAUAUACGGGGACAAAGACGCGGCUCAAUACGUGUCCGGAAUGGCCUAUCACUGGUAUAUGAACGACAAAAGCAACUUGAUCAAUUUGGACAUGGUCAACAAUUUGGAUCCGACCAAGUUUAUUAUAAGCACCGAAGCGUGCGAGACAUGGCAGGGACAGGCGUCGCGCCUCUAUCUGGGCAGUUGGAUGCUGUUUGAGAGGACUUGAAUCACUGGACCGGAGGUUGGGUUGACUGGAACCUGGCUCUGGACACAGAGGGCGGACCCAAUUGGGUGAACAACUUCGUGGACGCGCCGAUUAUAGUGAACGCUACGGCCCGGGAGUACUACAAACAGCCGUCGUUUUACUCGAUCGCACACUUCAGUAAAUUCCUUCCGCCCGGCGCUCAACGCCUGAACCAUACGCUCGCAGUCGACGGCCCGACAGAUGCGGACACUCUGUUGACCACCAGUUUUGUCCGCACAGACGGCGGGACAGUUGUCGUCGCACUCAAUGUCGGCGACACUCCUAUCGAUGUCACCAUUAAUGACGUCAAACGGCGACAAAAUAUCACACAUUUAUUGAGCGC